AUGGUGAACCCACUGGUUCCACCUCUCCUCCAACACAUCCAUAUCCGUGGCCUCACGCCAUUUUCUAAAAUCCUCGCCCUCCAAUCUAAACUCGUCGCAAAAAGCCUCCUCCACAAAGCCUCGCCAUCCACGCAUCCACCGUUGCUCCCAACAAUAAUAUCCUUCACUCCACCUCCUAUAUAUACCUUCGGACGACGAUCCCCGCCUUCUCUUCUUAAACCCGAACAGAUUGAGAAGCUUAAGGAGAAAUUGUUGGAUGAUAACGCAGGUUUAAGGUUGGGAACGAAUGUUGGUAAACCAUAUGAGGAGAUCAAGCAUACGCGUGUCGAGCUUGAGGCAGAAGUUGAGGCGACGCUGAGGGGGGGCUUAACGACGUUCCAUGGACCUGGUCAGAUUGUUAUUUUCCCCAUUCUGGACCUGAAGGCAGAUAGCAUCGUGAAUCGACUCGGUGGGAAUUACUGUGGAACAGGCUUGGAUGCUAGGAGUUACGUUGAGUUACUCGAAAAGACGACCAUUAGACUCCUCAACGACGAGUAUGGGAUCAAUGCGAAACGGACGGAGAAUCCGGGUGUUUGGGUCGAUACCGCGAAUUGGGAGGAUCAGCUUACACCCUCCGGGAGGAUUGAGGCGUUCAUGAGGCACCUACGCAGGCAAUCGAAAGGGCAGAACGGGUAUGAAGCUUUCGACGAGAAGAUUGCGGCACUAGGGGUGCAUCACAGGAGAUAUGUCUCGUCUUUUGGGUUGGCCAUUAAUCAUUCGACGGAUAUGAGGUGGUUUGACAGAAUUACGGCCUGUGGGUUGCCUGGGAAGGGCACUACCUCUAUGCGAGAGCUUAGUGGUAGAGCAAAGCUGGGAAUAACAAGAUCAGACCCCAGGAUGAGAGAGGACCAGCAGAUGCAGGUUGCACAGAUGUGGGCAAGAAUGUUUACCGGUGGGAUUUGGGGUAUUCGUGGGCCCUUUGGGAAGACGGCACAUCCUAUUUGGAAGGAGUUUGUAAUGUCCAGAGUCUGGGGUUGGGAUAUGGGAGGAAGUGGGAAAGGUAUGGGAUUAGAAGAGGUGGAUGAAGCAAUGCUAGAUUCAGCAGGGCAAUGGCCGCUACCGGACGAUCCCUCACCAAACUUGGUUCCUUGGACUCCGAAGGGGGAGCGCAGCGAGCAGAGAAAAUCGUUGAACCUGCGUAGCAACCAAUGGAGAACACAUAAUGUGUUGAAAUGGCUGGACACGCAGAUCAGUGAGAUCCGGGAGCAGGUCGAAGGGAAAAAACUGAUAGGGAAAGGAAAGACUCUAGAAGACAUCCAUAAGCGGCUCGUGAAAGAAACGAACCAACAGCUAAAGGCUCAGACCAUCUUGAUGAAGCAGGAAAAUAUUAUCCGAGAUCAGAAGAGGAGAAACGAAAGAAAAUCGGUGGAGCAGCCGAUGGAGGGGAUGGCUGAACACACAGCUAGAAAACCCCGGGAAAAUAAUAUCAGAGAUCAGGAGGAGACAAGUGAACAAAGACCAGUGGAUAUGGUAGAGCCGAUGGCCAUCACAGAUCAAAAGAGUGCAAGUAGAAAGAGGCUGCUGGCUAGGGUAGAGGAAAUGGAGAGGACGGGUAAAUACAUAUCCAGUAACCUCCGGAAAGGUGUUAUCCGAAUUCAGAAGAGGAUAAGUCUCAGAGAUAGGAAGAGGCACCCAAAACUUAUAAAAAGGCAAGUGAAUAAGAGGAAGGUGAUGCUUCUCAGAGAUCAGAGAAAUGCGAGGAGAAGUAAAAGAAAGGCUCGUGGAUCGGGUGAAGUCGAUCAAGGGGAUGGCUGA